CGGGACGGUGGCGGGGGGGGGGCACCGAUGGAGUCCCCGUACACAAACGGGGCGCCGGUGGGCACUGCCGGGCACCUCCGGUUACAGCUGGGGGCCACCCGGCACCGCCGGGUAAAGCCGGACAUCACCAGGCUCUGCCAGUCGUCACCGUGGGAUGACCACUGGCCGCUGCUGGCUAUCGCUGGUACCACUGGGCACCACCAGGCACUGCCAGCUGCUGCUGGACAGCAUGGACACAGCCAGGCACCCGGCCCAGGUGGCAGCGCUGGACAGUCCAGGGUGGAAUGCCUGUGGGUCUGGUUUGGGCCCGGUUGUGCCCAGCAGCCACAGGGCCCCCACAACCGCCCCCAUGGCACUAGGACCCCCCUUGAGCCCUCCGGUUGUCCCUCCCAGCCGGGCUGUCAGCACCUCGCAGCAGCUGUGACAGGGACAGUUAAAAAUAGCUCCGGCAGCAAUGGCUGCCCGGUGCCGGCUUGCUGCACGCUUCCACCACAUCCACGGCGCCAACAUCCGCCUGGAUGCCUCACACACACAAGCCACACGGGUGGAGAGCUUCGCCAACGGGCUGUGCUUCAGCCAGGAGCCUCUGGCACCCGGGCAGAUCUUCCUGGUGGAGAUUGAGGAGAAGGAGCUGGGCUGGUGCGGGCACUUGCGCGUGGGACUGACAGCCCACGAUCCCCAGAGCCUGGAGGUAGUGCCUGAGUACUCGCUGCCGGACCUGGUCAACCUGGGGGACACCUGGGUGUUUGCCAUCACCCGGAACCACAACCGUGUGGUGGUGGAGGGGGAGGAGGCGCAGGCCCGGGGGCGGCCCUGGGAGCCUUUCCUGCUGAUCGAGCGGGUGCGGAUUCCCCGUGACACGCUGGUGGGACGCAGCCGGCCCGGCCGCUACAGCCACAUCCUGGAUGACCUGUACAAGAUGAACGUGCUGCCCGCCACCGCCCGGCGCAGCCGUAUCGGAGUGCUGUACGCCCCGCAGCCCGACGGCACCGCCGACAUGCACAUCGUCAUCAACGGCGAGGACAUGGGGCCCAGCGCCAGGGGCCUGCCCGCCACCCGCCCGCUCUACGCCGUCAUUGACGUCUUUGCCUCCACCAAGAGUGUCCGGGUGAUCCCGGUGGAUUAUGGCUUUCCUUCCCUGCAGACGCUGUGCCGGCUGGUUAUCCAGAAACACAUUGUGCACCGCCUGGCCAUCGAUGGCCUGGACUUGCCUCCGCUACUCAAGAGCUUCUGCCAACAUGAGUGAGGUAUCGAGGGGGCUGCUGGGCCGCCCCCCACAUCAACAGCCCCCCAGCGAUGGCUGCCCGGCAGGCUCUGUGCCCCUCCCUGCCCACUCACCCCAGCAUGUGCUGCUGAAGGGCUGUCAUGAAAGCAGAGCAAAGUGGGGUUGGGAGUUUCCCCAGCUGAUGGUGUGGCAUGCCCAGAGCAUGGGCAGGGGGAUUAUUGUGGGUCAGAGAGAGCAAUAAAGUGCUUCCAGACAA